AUGGCGAAGAUGGUGAGAAGAACAUGUGCAUUUUGUUCAGAAGGAGAGGCUGGUUCUGUAAUGUAUAUUGCCAAAGAGCGAAAUAUUGCAGCUCAUCAGGAUUGUCUGUUAUUUUCCUCAGGAUUUGUGGAAUCUGAAGAGUAUAAUCCAGAUAAUCUGGAUAUAAGAUUUGAUGUGGCAUCAGUGUUGAAAGAACUCAAGAGAGGAAAGCGGCUGAUGUGCAACUUCUGUCGCAAGAAAGGAGCCACUGUGGGAUGCGAGGAAAGAGCCUGUCGCAGAAGUUAUCACUACUUCUGUGCACUCUGCGAUGAUGCAGCAAUAGAAACAGAUGAAGUAAAUGGAGUCUACCGAGUGUUCUGCCCAAAACAUGACCCAGGCAAUAGGACCAAUCACUAUGGUGCAGCUAAUAAGAGGAGAAGACAUGCAUUGAAGUCUUCCACCAUCGCAGAACAAAUGAGCACAGAAGAGACAGCAGAAGAAAACAGUUUACAAAUACUAAAAAGGAAAAACAAUAGGCAUAAAGUUCAAAUAGACUUUCUUAGGAAAUGCAAGCAAGCUGGGCUUCUGGAUGACAUAUUUGAAGAAAUGCUGGACACGCUUCACCUGGCGCAGGAAAAACUGAUGGAUGACAACACUUCAGAAACAG